ACAAAAUAACGGGAGAGGAGAGAGUGAGUGAGAGGGACAGAGAGGUAGCAGUCAGCAACAUGUAGCCUCGCCGAGUGGAGGAAAGGUCGAAACUGUGCGUGCGCGCGAUUCUUUGCUAUUUUCUUUUUUUUGUCGGGAGGGGUGAGAUGUUUCGCUUUCAUCCCGAGGACAUUAUCCCGCAACAUUAGAAUCGAUCAGGCUCUAUGCCGCAGGAAAUGUCCAGCGGAGGGAUGGACGGAUGGAUUGUGGUGCACGGAGAGAAGACGCGGAGAGCAAAAAGAGAAGAAAAAGAGUGCGGGGCUCCUGAAAACAGGUCUCUUCUCCUCAUCAGGUGAAGCACUGUGAACCGCCGACCCCCUCACCACCCUCCCUCCUCUCCUCCUCCCCUCUUUCCCUAGAGGCGCCACCCACUACCCUUAAAUCCCCAAACCCCACCUGCCAACACCUGCCGAACUCCCUCCGACAGCUGCAACUGGCCCCCCUUUUACCCCAUGGUGGCCCCAAGGCCCGCCCUCUCACUGCUAUUGGCUGUCCUGGCCUGUACGGGGCCCGCGCGCCCCUCGCCCCCCCUGCUUCUCCGGCCCCGGGAGAGAGAGAGGGACUCAGGUGGUGUCAACAUCGCCGUGGUCCACUCGGGCUCCUCCCUGCUCCCGGAGACGCCGGUGGUGGGAGGUGCGGGGGUCGGGGAGCCGGGGCCCGGUCUGGGAAACGGUCCGGGAGGAGGGGGAGGAAGGGGAGUAACGGAGACGGCUUCAUUAGCUGAAGCGGCCGAGAUGACUUCAUUUUCCUCCUCGUCACACCUGUCGCUGGCCGCGCUCGUGGGGGAGACGGUGAUGACGCCCUCGGGUCAGGCCAACGUCAUCUACCUGGCUGUGAAUGAGAGCAGUCCCGGGACCCUGCUGCUGCAGCUGUGUGAGCUGCUGGCCACAACACCACUGCAGGAGAGCGGUUCCAUCUACCUCCAGUUCACCUGCUCCACAUUGCUCCAGCUUGAGGUUAUCUUCGAGGUGCUCGAAGAGUAUGACUGGACCUCCUUCUCUGUAGUGACCACUCGUCACCAUGGCUAUGAGGACUUCCUGGCCAUGGUGGAGGGUAUGACCGAUGGCUCUUUCAUUGGUUGGGAAAGGAAGAGUGUGGUGAUUCUUAAUGUAACGGACGACCCCGGUGGGGCACGGACGAAACGACUGCUCAAGGACAAUGAAGCCCAGGUCCGCCUUCUGUACUGCUCCCUGGAAGAGGCUGAGCUCAUUUUCCGGGCAGCUUGGGCAGCGGGUCAGGCCGGGCCCAGCCAUAUGUGGUUUGCUGUGGGACCAGCCCUAUCCGGGUUGGGUCUGGAGGGGCUUCCAAAGGCUUUGUUUGCCAUCCGGCCACAGGGGUGGAGGGAUGAGCCACGCAGGUUGGCUGGUGGGAGAAUGGACACCUGCGACUACGGUAUCACCCCUGGUCUCGCUAUGGCUCUUUCUUGA